UGUGUCAUAUUUUCUCUGUUUCACCUGUAAUGUGUGACUCUUCACCUCUGUCUCCUCUCACAGGGAGAAGAUGAUCUGCAGCAUCCUGCUCCUCCUCAGCCUGACCUCCUGUGUCUCUGGAAGAUUAGUAGUGAAUGUGACACAGACCUCCUAUCAGGCAGAGGAGAACCAGAACAUCACACUGGAGUGGACCUGGACCAGUAGUGACACUUCCCUCAAACUCUUUUCUAUCUCCUGCCGACUGUUAGCUGAACUCAGACCUUUAGUCCUGUUUGAUCUACGUGAAGGUGUUGAGGUCCCAGAGACUCAGGAUCAACAGUUUGCAGGACGAGUCCAGUUUAACAAAGACGUCCUCAGAGAAGGACGACUCAGACUUCAUGUGUCCAGACUCAGGAUCAAUGACUCUGGACUUUAUGUGUGUGAGGUGAUCAUAAAUCACAGUGGGAACUCUCGUUCAUGUCGGCUCACCGUCACUGCAGCAGCGAGGGAUCGGCCCGAACCUGAGACACCAAACACACCAAGUCAGGGAACAGAUCCUCCAGCAGGAAGUGGACCACAACCAGAGAGUCGAGGAAGGAUCGGCCUCUACUGUGGACUGGGACUGACAGCAGCAGCUCUGUUUGCUCUUUGUUUCUGUUACUUUCUGCGAAAAAAAAAGGAUUUCUGCUUCAGAGGUGGAUUUGAUGAAGUUACAGGCCACCAGGUGAAGUAG